CAGCAGGGGCAGGCUUGGCCCGGCCGAGGGGCCGAGGGCCCUGAUCGUGCCGCGCCCCUGCAGCUGGGUGCUGGGUGGGAGGACCCAGGGAGGCAAGAUCCAGGAGGUUUCUGCCCCAGGACUGGAAAGAGGACCCCUGGCACUAGUCCUCGGCCUAGGAUGCAGGAAGCAAUGAGGGCUUUCCCAGGCCAGGCCAAAGUUUGUACCUUUGGCUGCAUUUCAGUGGGACAGACCCCCACCGCCCGCCUGUCUGCAGCCCCUCUUAGUCAGGCAGCCCCUAGGGUCUCUGUCCCACACCUCUGUCUGUCUCCAGCUCCUGCCCUGCCCCCACUGGUGGCUUCUCCUCUCUGUCCCCAGGACCACACUAUGGGCUUCUCUUCGGAGCUAUGCAGCCCCCAGGGCCAUGGGGCCCUGCAACAGAUGCAGGAGGCCGAGCUUCGGUUGCUGGAGGGCAUGAGAAAGUGGAUGGCCCAGCGAGUCAAGAGCGACAGGGAGUAUGCCGGGUUGUUGCACCACAUGUCACUACAGGACAGUGGUGCCCAGAGCCGGAGCACUGGCUUCCACAGCCCCAUCAGUCAGUCCUGGGCAGAUAUCACCAGCCAGACAGAGGGCCUGAGCCGACUGCUGAGGCAGCACGCUGAAGAUUUGAACUCGGGGCCCCUGAGCAAGCUGAGCCUGCUGAUCCGGGAGCGGCAGCAGCUGCGCAAGACCUACAGCGAGCAGUGGCAGCACCUGCAGCAGGAGCUCACCAAGACACACAGCCAGGACAUUGAGAAGCUGAAGAGCCAGUACCGAGCCCUGGCACGGGACAGUGCCCAGGCCCGGCGCAAGUACCAGGAGGCCAGCAAAGACAAGGAUCGCGACAAGGCCAAGGACAAGUACGUGCGCAGCCUGUGGAAGCUCUUCGCUCACCACAACCGCUACGUGCUAGGUGUGCGGGCUGCGCAGCUGCACCACCAGCACCACCACCAGCUCAUGCUGCCUGGCCUGCUCCAGUCGCUGCAGGACCUGCACCAGGAGAUGGCGAACAUUUUGAAGGAGAUCCUGCAGGAAUACCUGGAGAUCAGCAGCCUGGUGCAAGACGAGGUGGUGGCCAUUCACCGGGAGAUGGCUGCAGCGGCUGCCCGCAUCCAGCCUGAGGCCGAGUACCAAGGCUUCCUGCAACAGUAUGGGUCCACACCUGAUGUCCCACCUUGCGUCACCUUUGACGAGUCGCUGCUUGAAGAGACUGAACUGCUGGAGCCCGGGGAGCUGCAGCUGAAUGAGCUGACUGUGGAGAGCGUGCAGCACACGCUGACCUCAGUGACAGAAGAACUGGCCGAGGCCACCGAGAUGGUGCUCAGCCGGCAGGAGGGGGUCACUCAGCUGCAGCGGGAGCUCUGGAAGGAGGAGCAGAGCACCCAUCCCCGGGAGCGGGUGCAGCUUCUGAGCAAGAAGCAGGCGCUUCAGGAGGCACUGCAGGGGCUGCAGGUAGCAGUGUGCAGCCAGGCCAAGCUCCAGGCCCAGCAGGAGCUGCUGCAUGCCAAGCUGGAGCAGCUGGGCCCUGGCGAGCCCCCGCCCGUGCUGCUCCUACAGGAUGACCGCCACUCCACCUCGUCCUCGGAGCAGGAGCGAGAAGGGGGAAGGACACCCACCCUGGAGAUCCUUAAGAGCCACAUUUCAGGCAUCUUCCGCCCCAAGUUCUCGCUCCCCCCACCACUGCAGCUCGUUCCAGAGGUGCAGAAGCCCCUGCACGAGCAGCUGUGGUACCAUGGGGCCAUCCCACGGGCAGAGGUGGCUGAGCUGCUGACACACUCUGGGGACUUCCUGGUCCGGGAAAGCCAGGGCAAGCAGGAGUACGUGCUGUCCGUGCUGUGGGACGGCCAGCCCCGACACUUCAUCAUCCAGUCCGCAGAUAACCUGUACCGACUGGAAGGAGACGGUUUUCCCAGCAUCCCCUUGCUCAUCGACCACCUGCUGCACUCCCAGCAGCCCCUCACCAAGAAGAGCGGUAUCGUCCUGAACAGGGCAGUGCCCAAGGACAAAUGGGCACUAAGCCACGAGGACCUGGUGUUGGGCGAACAGAUCGGGAGGAGAGCAGGGAUGAGCAGGUCUGAGCUUAAGAUCACAGAAUGGAAGGCAGGUGGGGACACGGUGGCCUGUGCCCUCGGCGCAGAAGAGGACCGCAGGCCAGGGAAGACAGGUAGGAGCCUCAGGCCAUUUCAGGGGAACUUUGGCGAAGUCUUCAGUGGACGCCUGCGAGCGGAUAACACCCUGGUGGCGGUGAAAUCUUGCCGAGAAACGCUCCCACCUGACCUCAAGGCCAAGUUUCUGCAGGAAGCCAGGAUCCUGAAGCAGUAUAGCCACCCCAACAUCGUGCGUCUCAUUGGCGUCUGCACCCAGAAGCAGCCGAUCUACAUUGUCAUGGAGCUUGUGCAGGGGGGCGACUUCCUGACCUUCCUUCGGACAGAGGGAGCCCGCCUGCGGAUGAAGACGCUGCUGCAGAUGGUGGGGGAUGCUGCAGCGGGCAUGGAGUAUCUGGAGAGCAAGUGCUGCAUCCACCGGGACCUGGCUGCUCGGAACUGCCUGGUAACAGAGAAGAAUGUCCUGAAGAUCAGCGACUUUGGGAUGUCACGGGAGGAAGCCGACGGAGUCUACGCGGCCUCCGGGGGCCUCAGACAAGUCCCUGUGAAGUGGACGGCACCGGAAGCUCUUAACUAUGGUCGCUAUUCCUCCGAGAGCGACGUGUGGAGCUUUGGCAUCUUGCUCUGGGAGGCCUUCAGCCUGGGGGCCUCCCCCUACCCCAACCUCAGCAAUCAGCAGACUCGGGAGUUCGUGGAAAAGGGGGGCCGCCUGCCCUGCCCCGAGCUAUGCCCCGAUGCUGUAUUCAGACUCAUGGAGCAGUGCUGGGCCUACGAACCCGGGCAGCGGCCCAACUUCAGCACCAUCUACCAGGAGCUGCAGAGCAUCCGAAAGCGGCACCGGUGAGGCUGGAGCCCCACUUCUCAAGCCAGUGGCCUCUGCAGGCCAGACCGUACCUCCUCACCAGCUCCAGCUCACACCAUCAGACAGCUCCUUGUUGCCCUGGACUCCAGCCACUGGUAUUCAUGCUGCCAGCAGGGAGGCAGCUCCACGUCUGCUGGGCAGCCUGGCUCCUGCCAGGGCUUCCUCUUCAAGGCAAAAAUAAUAAAACCACUUGUGCCCAUCAA